CUUGAAGAGAAAUGGCGGCCAAGUUAUGCAGAACACUUCUUAAAACUAAGCCUUGCAGGAUUCAGGUUAGGACGCUGUGUGAUGUACAAGGAUACACUCCAAGGCGAUCUUUUCUCUAUAUCCCAGGAAAUGAAGAGCGCAAAGUGACCAAGGCGACUGGUUUAAAAGCCGAUUGUGUUGUUUUGGAUUGCGAAGAUGGAGUCGCUUCAAACAAGAAGGUAACCUGGUGGGUUGGAUUUGAGAGAAUUUUAUGAAAACUUAAAGCUUGUGAAAUGAAAAGAUUUUGUCUGUUUGUUAAUCUUGUUAAAGGGAAUUCUGGUUCUUAGCUAGAAAAUGCAGUAAUGUUAAUAACAGCUGACGAGUGCAAUGGAUAAAAACCGAUAUCGGAAAUCUAAUCGAUCGGAAUACAUCGGUAGUAAACUAACGAUAAUCACUUUUUCAUUGAUAUCGAUUGAGUCAAUCAUCAUUAGAAAUCGAUGAUUACUUUUUUAUUGUUAUCGAUAUCGUUUUCGAUUUCAUGAUAUUGUCGAUUUCAUUGCCUUUGUGGAUCAAAACACCUCAUCCCUUAAAAAGGUAGUGAAAAUUGGUCUGGUUUGGAUGACCUGCAGACAACAAGCAUAUGUUUUCAUUUGCUUUUCCAUUCACUGUGGAUUUACGCUUCAUUGGAUUGUUUUGAAUCAGUUGUUUUUGCUAAAUUUAGGCAGCCUGACUGAGGGGUUAGAACACUUAACUUACAAUCCAGAGAUCCUUAUUUCAAGCCCCUCCGCCUCCACCGCCUCCCAUCCACUAGUUGGCCUUGUUGAGGCCAUAUAAGGGUCAAAUUGUGACAAGCGACACGGCCUUGAAACAGCAACAUAAGACUAGAUAAAAUGGUAACAAACAACAUAAAGAUGGGUUAAAUACUGACAGGGGCAUGGCCUACUCCUGAAAAUGUGAACCUUCGUCCCUCCCCCUCCCCCCUCCCUCACUCAGAGGGCUUCCUUGUUGACAUAACUAUUUCUUGUUUAGGAAGAAGCAAGGAGCACUAUUCACAAUCUUCUUGAUCAACUGAACUUUGGCUUUAGUGAAGUGUGUGUCCGUAUCAACUCUAUUGAAACUGGUUUAGCGGAAGAUGAUUUAAGAGCUGCCCUAACAGCGAAGGUUUUGCCUCACUCUAUUGUGGUGCCCAAAGUAGAUACUGUGGAACAUUUGGAUUGGGUAAAUUUCUUUUUAUAUAGCCUUCCUUAAAAAUCCUUGCAGUUAUCUUUUUCGCUCAAGCUUGGAAUCUGAGAUUUUGGGCACCUGUCCUUCAUAAGGCCAUAAAUGUAGUGAUACUGUUUUUAACAUGGAGAAAUGAAAGGAUUAAGUGUGUGUGUGUUUUUUUGUCAUGAUUGCAAUUCUAACUUUGGUGCUCAUUUCAAAGUACAGUCACACCUGUUUAAUACGGACACCAAAGGGACAGAACCAGGUGUCCGCUUUACAGAGAUGUCUGUAUUAUAGAGGUAGGGAAUGUAUGAUUUUUGGCAUUUCUGGGACCAAAUGAACUGUCCGUAAAAGAGAGGUGUCUGUAUUAUAGAGGUGUCUGUAAGGAGUGGUUAGACUCUACCAUUACUUGUAAUACAACCUUACUGAGUCUCUUGACUGUAGAUCACUCAACUGAGAAUUUUUUCUGGGCUUGUGGGUGAUCAAAUUCUUUUCUUCUGUAAUUAUGAGGUCAUUUAAAAGACAAUCCAUUGGUUUUUACUAUGUUUAUUUGCCAUCAAAAAAAUUUUACUUAUUCCUGCAAUAAUCAUCAAUUAAAUAUUUUGCAUAAUCAAUUAUCACAUCACUGAAAGAUUUUGAUCAAUGAUCGAUUGAAAUUGAUGACUGGCACACCACUACUUUAUGUGUCUUUUCACUAUUCACUACAUGCAAGUUUUAGUGAACAAGGGGAAUAAAACACUCACAAUUCCAUAUUUAAAUGGUAAUUCUUCCAACAUGUUUUAUCCUAGAUUGACUUUUUUAUUGCCCCUUUCAGCUAAGUGAUAAAGUUUCUGCUAUCGCAAAAUCCAAGGGCAGUCAGCUUGGCCUAAUCACCCAGAUGGAAAGUGCUAUUAGUCUUUUGAACCUACGAGCUAUCUGUGAGCGUGGCAGAGCUGAAGACAAAGCCUUCAAGUUUGAGGCCUUAGUGUUUGGUUCUGAUGACUUUCUUGUGAGUAUAGGUAGGAUUAAUAGUUCAGGUAGUUAUCAUUAUUUGCAAACAUAUUAACUGUGUUUCAGAUGUUGUGCUUUAUAUGUCAAAAAAGGAUAUACAUUUACCCACACCCUAUCCUUCUAUAAACUCCAGAUUAGAUUCAUUCUUUCCUUUACAAUGGGCCCUUUGAAUUCCAAAAACCCUCACUUUCAAAAUCAAUAAUAUAGAAAAUGGUUAUCGUUUGUUCACUUCCUCCGCAAAACUUGAAAAUAGGCAGCACUUUCACAUCGUGGUCAUGUAACAAUGGUUAAAAAAUGUUAAAAAAAGCAUGAUGGACGUGCCAAGUCUUGUUUUGCUAAUGCAAACUUAUUGCUUUUUUGCCCUUCUCAUUGCCGUCACCAUUGCCUAAACUCAUGUGGUCCACAUGUAGAAGGACUUUUUACUCUUGACCGGUGCUAGUUUUAGUGACCCAAUAAGGUCGCUGUGCUUAGACCAAUCAGAUUUGCUCUUUAGGACCCUUGGGGAUAAAGUUGUCAAUCUACCUCUCGCAACUUUGUCACUGGCUUGGCUGCUUCAUGGUCGAAAAAGCUUGCUCUGCCUGCUAUCUGCUGUGAAAGUGAAACUCGUGAUGUCAACUUGCGGUACAUAUAAGUCUAAGGCUAGUGGGGCCAAGCAAACAACUAAUUUAAAUAAGCAUAACAGGGUUAAAAAUUCCAGCUGGCUGGAGACAAACCAGUUGUUUAUAAUUUUACAGGGGUGGAUGAGGACUUAAACGCAGGAUUAAGUACUGAGAACUAAUCCAGCUGUCAGUCAGGGUGGGACAUCAAUUCGGGGCCUCCGCACUGAAGUUCCAGUGCUCUAACCACUUGGCAAUGAGAGUAUUCGUUUGAAAAAACUCCAGAAUUGGCCACCUAGUGAUUCUGUAGUUCACACUGAUUGAUUGAUUACCGUGAGUUCUUCUACAUCAAGUGCAAAAAAUUUCUUUUUUUAGGGGCCACCCGAACUGAAGAUGUCAAGGAGUUAAUUCAUGCUCGUCAGAGUGUGGUAGUACAUGCCAAGGCAUAUGGCCUCCAAGCAAUUGACAUGGUGUAUAUUAAUUUCAAAGGUAAUUUGAAAAAUAUGUGCAGUGAAUAAAAAGAUGCAGGCACUAGGCAUUAAGGAACAAAAACCAAGCACAGGGUUAUAGCUUUACUAAUAAUUAGUUUCAUUGUAACAAACAUUAUUUAAAGGAGCAGUGUAUUGUGGACAAAAUAUUUGUAUGUUCCAGAAUUACUUACUGGUUUAAUUAUCAUUUGUUAGCUAAUGUUUAGCAGCUAAGAGCUAGAGUGAGUAUUAUUUUGUUUUAGACCCUGAAGGUUUAAGAUCACAGGCAGAAGAAGGAGCAAGAUUUGGAUACACAGGUAUAGUGAGCUCAAACAAGCAGUAUUAUUGACCUACACUUGUAAGGUGUUCUUUUAGUUUAUAGCCUCUCUUGCAAUAACUGGAUGGUUUAACUCAAGGCAUAAUAGAUAAAAGUGGAUGUCCUUUAGCAUUAGAAACUUUUCUGAAAAUUUUAAGGUCUUGCCUCUCUUUGAAAUCAUAAACACUUACAGGCUUAGGCAUUUAUUUUCUUUUAAAACAAUGGUCUAAGAAACAUUGUACAGGUGUAAGAUCAGACUUGGACGUGGCGUAGACAGAUAAUGCGUAAUUAAUAUUAGGUAGAACUAUUGUAUUAAAAAGAAGGUCUAUUUCUGACUGAUUGUACCCCUCUUUGCGCAGCGUUCUAAGGAUAUGUAGGGAUUUGUUAGCUUUAGUAAGUUUGUUCUUUACAUGCACUGAAAAUUUGCUGUCACAUCUGAAGAUUUGUGUAAGAACCUUUUCUACAUUUUAGCAUACAAAUUUCAAAACUCAGAGCAAUGAUUUCAAACAAAUCGAAUAUUUCAUUCGAAGCGCUUGAACUUCAUCAAUGAUGUGAAAUGUCAGGUUACGUAUUAAACAGAAAGGUUGUUAUGUACUCCCAGGAGAGGAUUGUAAAUGACGGGGAGUUCUGCUCCCUUGUCACCAUUCAGAGAGGGAUUUUCUGUCCAACUGUCCAUGCUUGAAAUCUAAGACUUGUCUUCCAGGGGUUUUCAAAUUGUGUCCUUCCCAUAUUUCCUGGUCUUUCUCUUUACAGGCAAACAAAUAAUACAUCCUGGACAAAUAGACAUCGUGAACAAGGCAUUUUCUCCAAGCGAAGAAAAGCUCAAAUGGGCAUCAGAUGUUGUGACUGCUUUUGAAGAGCAAGAAAAACAAGGAAAGGUCAGUGGAAUAGAUAAACCAAGGAAAUACCUUGGCAUUAUUUUAUGAGCAGUGUUGGUGUGUACCAGAAAGACAAAGAAAAACAAAGAGUAUGACUGAAGAACAGCAAAGACCAACUCUAGAUGUCCAUUUUAAGGAGUUGUCCUCUUUAAAGAGAGUCUAAGAAAAUGUCUGAAGAAUAGCAGAAACCAACUCUAGGUGUCCUGUUUUAGGAGGUGUCCACCAUAUAUAGAGUUAAAGAAAAUGACUGAAGAACAACAGAAACCAACUUUAUCUGUCCCGUUUUAGGGAGGUGUCCACUAUAUAGAGAAUCAAAGAAAAUGAGUGAAGAACAACAAAAACCAACUCUAGGUGUCCCGUUUUAGGGAGGUGUCCACUAUAUAUAGGGUCUAAGAAUAUGACUGAACAACAACAGGGACCAACUCUAGGUGUCCCAUUUUAGGGAGGUGUCCACUAUUUAGAGAGUCAAAGAAUAUGACUGAAGAACAACAAAAACCAACUCUAGGUGUCCCGUUUUAGGGAGGUGUCCACUAUAUAGAGAAUCAAAGAAAAUGACUGAAGAACAACAAAAACCAACUCUAGGUGUCCCGUUUUAGGGAGGUGUCCACUAUAUGAGUCUAAGAAUAUGACUGAACGACAACAGGGACCAACUCUAGGUGUCCCAUUUUAGGGAGGUGUCCACUAUAUAGAGAAUCAAAGAAUAUGACUGGAGAACAACAAAAACCAACUCUAGGUGUCCCGUUUUAGGGAGGUGUCCACUAUAUAGAGAGUCAAAGAAAAUGACUGAAGAACAACAAAAACCAACUCUAGGUGUCCCAUUUUAGGGAGGUGUCCACCAUAUAUACAGACAAAGAAUAUGACUGAACAACAACAGGGACCAACUCUAGGUGUCCGUUUUAGGGAGGUGUCCCUCUUGUAGAGAGUCAAAGAAAAUGACUGAAGAACUUCAGGGAGCAACUCUAGGUGUCCGUUUUAGGGAGGUGUCCACUAUAUAGAGAGUAAAAGAAUAUGACUGAAGAACAACAAAAACCAACUCUAGGUGUCCCAUUUUAGGGAGGUGUCCGCUUUGUAGAGAGUCAAAGAAAAUGACUGAAGAACUUUAGGGACCAACUCUAGGUGUCCGUUUUAGGGAGGUGUCCACCUUACAGAGGGGCAAAGAAAAUUAUUGAAGAACAAUAGGGACCAACUCUUGGGGUCUGUUUUAGGGUAACAGGCACCAACUAGGUGUCCUUCUAGGGAGUGCCUGCCUUAUAGAGCUAGCUGUCCUUUAAGAGAGAUUUGACUUAAUUUUCAUCUGUUUCUGCCAACAGGGAGCUAUAGAUUUCCAUGGUUACACGAUUGAUAUGCCAACUGUUCAACUCUAGGUGUCCGGUUUAGGGAGGUGUCCACCUUACAGAGGGGCAAAGAAAAUUAUUGAAGAACAAUAGGGACCAACUCUUGGGGUCUGUUUUAGGGUAACAGGCACCAACUAGGUGUCCUUCUAGGGAGUGCCUGCCUUAUAGAGCUAGCUGUCCUUUAAGAGAGAUUUGACUUAAUUUUCAUCUGUUUCUGCCAACAGGGAGCUAUAGAUUUCCAUGGUUACAUGAUUGAUAUGCCAACUGUUCAACAGGCGAGAAAUGUACUUCGACUGGCAGAGGCAACAGGAUCCAGCAAGUAAACUCGGUUGAUAUCAUCUUGAACGAUUCUCUGCUUGGUGCAGCGCCAAUUAAAAUCCCAGAGAACUGUAAAAACUCUAUAAGAGGGUUAAGAAAUUAGAGUCAAUAUUACAUAAAGAAAUAGUCAUGAAAUGGCUACUUAAUGAAGAGACUUCAUAGUUUUAAGACCGUGACCUAAAACAGUAUUUCAAAAUUAUCAGCUUAGAAGGCUUCAGAGUAAAGUUGUGUUUGGAUAGGCAACAAAUGAAACAUGGAUAGCAUCAUGGAACACAAUGGAACUCAGUCUAGAUCUAUUCCUCCGUGCUCAAGGCAGUCUGAUAUUUUGAACGCGGACAGCUCCGUGACCAACAAAUGUUAACCCUACUGCGGUCCGUUGUCAUCUUCUUCAGUUUUGUCCAUCCAUGCCUUCCUUUGUAUUUGCUUUUUUUUUUGAGGGAGCUGUGUCGCGAGGAUAUACUGCUUCGCUCGCCCAAAUAGGGAAGCUUGCUCGCAGGCUAUAUUGGGUGAAAAGGGCGAAUUAUGGGGCGAGCGCGAUGGAGGAGGCGAACCGUGCAGAGGAUUGAGGAGGGCCGACCAUUCUCUCUCCCCUGCCUUUUUCCGUUAUUUUGCGCUCCGCUUAUUAUUGGCCAUUUUUCCCCUUAAAGAAGCCUUGUCCCAGGUUGACAGUAAUCAAGAAUGGCCAGGACCUAAUCGAUCAAAAACAGGCACCCUGUUCUUGUCUGGACUCUUGCUUGGCUUCAGUUUUACAAAGGUUUUGCUUUGCGUCUUUGCCCCAAGUUUUAUGUCGUAAUAUCAGGCACUUUCCCACAUCAUGGGUACAAUUUCCAAGCGCUUGCUACGCAGGCCAUCUUGAUGUCAACCGUAAGAGGGCCAUGUUAUGUAUGACCAAGUAUAGGGGUUGGG